AUGACCAACUUGAGAAAUAUAGUACAAUUUGCUGUGCCAGUGUUUACUGGUAUUUUGGGUUUAAUUUGGUUCUUUGGAAGGAAGAAAGGCAAGAAGAGAGGUAUAGAGUUGCCACCAGGAACGCCUAAAGUUUCGCCCCAGGAUUCAGAUACGCCUCAGAAAGACAACGAAGCUAAUUCCUUGCGAGAGGGCACUGAACCUAAAACAUCAGCUACUCCAGUAACCCAAAAUAAAUCAAGAGAUAUCAAUAAACUAUUAAAUUAUCAAGAGCCAUCAUCAGCAAAUGCCAGCCCAAAGGUGACAUCUACAUCAAAAACUCCAGAUGUGAAAAAAGGUGAACCUACAUUAGCUGGCCAGACCAAAGGAUCAGCUGUCAAAUCUUUUACCAAUAAAGAAGCAUCAUCUGCAAAAUCAGCCGUGGAGAAGGAAAUAAGUUCUUCAAAAUCAACAGAAGUCAGUCAAAGUAAUGCCACAGCAAACAAAAUACCAGCCUCUGCUCCUGGUGGCAAAACAGCACCAUUAACUGAACAAAAAGACCUGACUAUUUCAAGUCCAGCUCUUGUAUCAGAUACUAUAUCUUUAACUUCUAACAAAGUAGAAUCUUCCCCUGUCAUCUCUAGGAAGGCUACAAAGACUGAACAAUCAGCUCUUAAAGAGCAGAAUAAAUCAAAUGACUCUUCUGUGAUAGUAUCUUCACAAUCUAGUGACACCAAAACAAAAUCUUCUCAAGUUAAAAGUGCUAAUCUCGAGGACUCGAGAUCCUCAAACUCUAUCAAAGACUCUGCUAAGACAGUUGAUGUCAAACCUAAAGACUCAAGUGUUGAAGUCCAAUCCAAAACAUCUGCUGGCCUUAAAGACAAUUCAGUCAAAUCCAACAUCUCGGUCAAUAAUGAUAUUGUGGAAGAAAGCUUUUCGAAAGAAGAAGUGUGUGGAAGUGAACAAGCCCCCACUGUAGAG